CUUAAAAAUCUUAUCAGUUAAAUUUUUUUCACCAUAUUUUGCUUCCAUUUUUCCAUAGCUGAUUUCAGAGAAUUCCAAUUCAUUUCACUCCCCGACCCAUCUUCCCAAAGACCAACAACUCACAUGAGCAAUUCACUUACGUGAGAGCUAUUAGCUAAGCAAACAUUCCGUGAGAUCUGACACCAACUUUAAGAAACGCAGAUACUUUUUGUUGUUGGAUCGCUUAAUUUUUCAGCUGUGUUCGCUGCAGUUUUAUAUUUCAUUAGGAAAUCAGCUGAAGCGGUGCCAACGUCAAGCUGAACAAGUUACAAAUAACACAACUCAAUAAAAACAACACAAGCCAAAACAAAAACAAAAACGAAAACAAAAAUAAAAACAAAAACUAAUUAAAAAAUUGUGUAAACCACUCCAUUCAAUCGAAGCUCCAAACAAAACCUAACAUUUUUAGUUUUAGUCUUGAAUCGGAAGCGAAGCAGAGGAGUUUGUUUCACGUGCGGAUAUUUUUAAAGUAUUUAAGUGCAAUGAGCUAAAGUUCAAAAGUGGCAAUAUUUUUAACCUAAUUAAAAAAUAACCUAUGUGGACUUAUGUAAGUGUAUGUGUAAAAGAAAAAGUGUAGAAAAUAAAAAUGGAAGAAAAGCACGAUAUGCUGUAUCCCCCCAUUGAGUCAGGGGCUAAUUCAAUGCCCCACGAGCAACGCAUAACAGCCUCUGCUUCAAUUGGACUGCCUAUAGAAGCGCCACCAUCUUAUGAUAUGGCAAUAAGUAGUCCAAAUUGGACAACUCCAACAGCUCCACAAGUGUCUAGCAUUGGUUUUCAACCACAUCAGACUUAUGUGCCGAACAGCGAGGCUCCAACGUCUGCAUUUGUGGAGCAACCGAUCUCGCAACAACUACCACAAAUUUUGUUACCAGAACCGCAGCCGCCACAACAGCAACAAUUUUCAACAGAGCCACCAAAACUUGGUCCUAAUCCUUGUGCUGCCAGAUGUCCCAAUUGUGGUACAUAUAAGACAACUCGUAUGUGCUAUACACCAAAUUCGCGUACACACUUAUGCGCCCUACUGUUGUGUUUAGUUGGUUGGUGUUGCUGUGCUUGCUGUGUGCCCUACUGCAUGAACAGCUGCCGUACCGGUAACCACUACUGCACCAAAUGCAAUACAUUUUUGGGUUCCUUUAAUCCACAUCAAGGUCUUUUCAAUUAAUUUUGAUUUAACAAGCCAAAGUCAAAUGUAGAGAAUAAAAUCUUAUGUAAUAAAAAAAUUAAAUAAAAUAUAUUUAACAUUGAACUAUACAAGAUAUUAGAGCUGACUGGUGGACGUUGAGGCAAUUGUGUAAAUUAAGUCUCUAAAAAAUAUUAUAAAUAUUAUUUAAUUAUUUGUUAAAAUGUACUGAACUUAUAACAACAAAAUAUCUUUA